AUGGAAGAUGUUGUUGUCAAUUUGAGGUCACCAAGGCCGGUUCAAUCCGCUGAUACUUCAGAGGCAAGAUCGAAUUCUCGCAUGUUUCUCAAAACAAGACGAGAAAAGCGGGAGGAAAUGAAAUCAGAGCGCAUCUUGUUCAGUAAAGGCCAUCAGGAGCGAGGCCAUUACUCAAGAAUAGGGUUAAAUGGUGAAGAAUCUCUAGAUCAUUUGGUUGAUGACACGCAACGCCCUCUUUUGUUUAUUGAUCCAGUCCACGGAAUGAACCGUCUGAAUUCAAAUGCGUCGUCAGCUGGGUCAAUCGAAUUGAGGAAAGCUGGAACUAGAGAGCAUUUGAAGACAACGACGACUGAUGCUGAUCUCAGGAAAGACUCCUCAGCAAGUACGGAUGAAGUCGUUGAAAGAAAAGGGUCUGGAGAUGAAAAAUCCAGGGAGGAUAAACCAAAGCGGUGGGGUCCUCUCCAAGUAGCUAUCGACCAGCCUUACCUCUCUGUGAUGCUAAUUUUCAUCCCUCUUGGAAUCGUCUCGUAUUUUCUGGAUUGGGGUGAUACCGUCACGUUCAGUUUGAAUUUCAUAGCAAUUAUUCCCCAAGCGUGGCUCAUUGGAAAAGCAACUGAGGACCUCGCUUCCCAUCUCGGCCAGGUUUUGGGAGGAAUUCUGAAUGCCUGGUUUGGAAAUAUCGUUGAGAUGUUGCUCUGUAUCGCAGCAAUUCGAGCCGGCGAGCUUCUCGUCGUUAAAGCGACUCUUGUUGGUUCCAUUCUCUCAAAUCUCCUGUUAGUCGCAGGAUGUAGUUUCUUGUUCGGCGGUUUCUAUCAUAAGCUGUUUAUGUCUUGGAUUACCGACGCUUUACGGAACCAUUCACCCUUCGUCCGUGACGUCCGAGCUCCACAUGUCAAGGAGCGUGUCCUUUUUCCUCAUUUUCAUGUACAUCCAGAGGAAGAUGAAGAAGAAGAUGUUGAUUUAUCGAUCAUUUGGGCUUCAGUCAUCUUGGGAGUGUGCACUGUUUGCUGUGCAAUGAAUAGUGAAUUCUUGAUCGCUUCUAUUGAAGGAACUGUGGAUAAACUCAACAUUAGCAAAUCGUUUAUCGGGAUUAUUCUUUUGCCCAUCAUCGGAAAUGCAGCUGAACACUACACUUCUGUUAUCGUUGCUAUGAGGAAUAAAAUGGAUCUCUCGCUUGCUUGUGCCGUUGGAAGCAGUUGCCAGAUGGCGCUGUUUGUGACGCCUUUCACUGUUCUAGCGGGUUGGGUUUUUGAUGUCCCAAUGUCCCUCGACCUUCAUGCUUUUGAAAUGGCAGUUCUUCUCUUAGCAGUUCUAAUAGUUACUAGGUGA